AGAAAAAAAAAAAAAAAAUAGUUUGUGAUUUGUAAAUUGUAAAUAGAGUUUUGAGAAUGAAUUUAUUUACACAAGUAAAAAAGACCAUUUAAUGUAUUUUUCCUUUUGAAGAGAUUGAUAAUGUUUUUAUUUCAUUUAUAAAUUGUUGUUUACAUGACGUUCUUCUCAUUUCACGAAUUGUUAAUCAUCGAUUAGAAAUUACUAAAGGAAUUAAAAAUAUAUUAAUUAUGGCUGUAUAUUUAACUAAAUCUAUGAUGUCUAGAUUGAAUAGAGUAACAUAUCCGAAUACAAGCCAUAUGGAAGAAGAUAUUACCACUAAUAAUGAACAUUGGGACAGGCUGAUGAUGGACAGCAAAGCAGGAUUGAGGUUGUCAAGAGAAAAGAUCUGCAGGGUGUGUGCAAAAGUCAGUUGCACGCCGUUAACGACUAAAAUUCAAGAAUAUGAUAUAAUGGCAGCUAUUAGCAGCAUCACAAAUGUCACUAUAAGUGCAGAUGAUUCUCUACCAAAAUACAUAUGUCUUGAAUGUUUGGAAUCAUUGAAGGUAGCAAUGAAAUUUAAAAAGGCAUGUGAAAUAGCUGACAAGAAGUUUAGAAAAAUAUUGAAUCCUAUGGGAGAUCCAUCACUUCACUCAUACCCAUAUUCAAAACAUGAUUUUCAACUUUUAUUACAUCAGAUGAAAUUAAAAAGAAUGGAGGAUGAGCAGAAGGAAGAAGAAGAACGAAGAAAGAGAGAAAGACUGUUGCAAAAGAAAGACCCCAAAAAUAAAGAAUUUAAGUGCUCACCCUGUGAUAUGGCAUUUCUUAAUAAGGAGGAGUUGCUGUCGCACCGGCGCGAGCGGCAGUGCAUGCGGCGCGCGUGCGACGUGUGCGGCCAGCUGGUGCGCAGCAUCGCGCAGCACAUGCGCCACAACCACGCCGUGGCGCACACGUGCCCCACCUGCGGGAAGGAGUUCCCCAUCAUCGCGCGUCUCAAGAACCACAUGCUAGUGCACACGAACACAUUCAACUUCUUCUGUGACCUGUGCCCGUACAAGUGCAAGCACAAGUACUACCUGGUGAUGCACAUGCGCACACACACGGGCGAGAAGCCGUACAAGUGUGCGCAGUGCCCCGCCACCUUCGUCAACGCCUCCAACCUCAACAAGCACAAGCUCACGCACCAGGAGAAACAGUUCAAGUGCAUGCUGUGCGAGAAGGCGUUCCGUACAGGCGCCGCGCUGUGGGAGCACCACGACGCCAAGCACAUGAACAUCAAACACACGUGCUCAUUCUGCGGACGGGACUUCUGUUACAAAUCGGAUCUCAGAAAACACGAGAUCCGCAGUCACAACCGCAUCAAACGCGACUACAUAGGCGGAGAGCCGACGUACAAACAAGUGGAGCGGCUGCAGAAGAUGGAGGACGAGUGGCGCCAGCAGCAGAUCGUGGUGACCCAGCCGCAGCAGGCGUACAUGGAGCACGCCAAGGAGUACACCGUGCAGACCACACACUCCAUGUACGUCUCCGAUGUUACGGGGAUGAUGCAGCAACCGGUUCUUGCUCAACCACAGACUGUUCAAUUAACAUUACCUGAUUUGGGGAUGAAAGACGAGGCAAAGAUUUACGAGGCUCAGCAUGGAAUGGCGUAUUUUUAAAGCAUCACAAGACUUAUAAAAUAAUAGGUAUAUUGAGUGUGAUUGUUAAAACAAAGCCAUUUAUUAUCUUACCAGAAAAAUGAAAAAUAUUUCGCCAUGUUGGGAAAAAAAAGGAACAAAUUUCUGCUAUUGGCAUAGACAGAUAAAAAUAGUUAUGGCGCAUGUUCAUUUAAUAAUGCGAAACGAACAAAACGAUUUACAAAAUCAAUCAUUUUGUAAAUCGUUUUGUUCGUUCAAAAUUUGCUCCUGCCACUUGAAUAACAAAAUAAUUUACAUUGAAUCAUAAGAUAAGCAGUAGAAAUGAUAAAUUCACGUGAAAAGUGUAAUAAAAAGACAAGUAGGUAUUAUCUGUACAGUACUAUUUAUCGGACAACCUGUAUAAAAUUGAAAGGUAAUCACGAAAUAUCCAAAACCGCUUGACGGAUAAAGAUGAAAGUUGGUAGGGAGGUAGUUUAUAGUUAGUAGACGUUCACUGAAAACGUAUUUUGCGAUAGAGCCGGAUUAAGGAGGUCUGAGGGCGGACGAAGUCGCGGACGUCCAAUAGGAACUAUAGCUUGGCAAACUCGUUCGUAACACUCCCGAUGGUUCGUGCGGGCAGGGGGGCGUGUAGCGAUGAAUGAAUAACCCACGACUGAUGCACCUCACUUCUCCGCACGCACGAUUUCACAUCCGCGCAGUCUUUCCCCCUGCCGCGCGCAUAUCAUCGCGGGAGUGUCAUUAACUUAGUGCACUUAGGAUCUUUAGCAACCGAACAAAGUAGUAGGUACAUACAUACUAUGAGUAUUUUUAUUUCGAUUUGUAUUAUUUAUGCCAUAAUGCAUGUGAUUUUGUGUUAAUAUGUAGUAAGCAUAGGUAGAUAUAUUGUAAAUUCUUAUUUUUAGAUUUAUUGUAAUUUGCUAAUUGCUCAGCAGCUGAUUUUGUUACAAUUGUGAUUUAUUUGUGAAACAUACUUGCGGUAUAUAGAUUAUUUGUGAAACUUGCGGAUUUUAUAUUAUAAGUACUAGUUUUAUAAUAGUUAUAUAUAAUCAAAUAAAAUGUAAUCAUGUACAUACAGGAUUAUUUAGUAAAAAUAUAAUAAAAGAUUUAUAAGAAUA